AUGAUAGAAGCCACCAUUGUGCUGAAUGAGCUGAACUGGUCGGACGCAUUGGAGGACGUGUUCAGGAAAAACCGAGAGGAUGACCCGACCCUCCUCUGGCAGGUGUACGGCAGCGCUACUGGCCUGGCUCGCUACUACCCAGCCUCUCCCUGGAUGGAUGCCCGCAAGACCCCCAGUAAGAUUGACCUGUAUGACGUCCGCAGGAGACCAUGGUACAUUCAAGGAGCUGCCUCCCCCAAAGAUAUGCUAAUCCUUGUGGAUGCGAGCGGGAGUGUGUCUGGCUUGACUCUCAAACUGAUCAGGACCUCCGUCAGUGAGAUGCUAGAGACCCUGUCUGAUGACGACUACGUCAAUGUAGUUUAUUUUAACACCAGGGUGAAGACAACGGCGUGUUUCGAACAUCUGGUUCAAGCCAACGUAAGGAACAAGAAGUUGCUGAAGGACGCUGUUAAGAACAUCACAGCUAAAGGAAUAACAAACUACACAAAAGGCUUUGAGUUUGCUUUUGAGCAGCUCUCUACGACGAAUGUGAGCAGAGCAAACUGCAACAAGAUCAUUAUGCUGUUUACUGACGGAGGAGAGGAAAGAGCUUCGGCAAUACUGGAGAAGUACAAUGCUGACAAAAAGGUGAGGAUCUUCACCUUCUCAGUAGGACAACACAACUAUGAUAAAGGACCCAUUCAGUGGAUGGCCUGUUCCAACAAAGGUUACUUUUAUGAAAUUCCUUCGAUUGGAGCCAUCAGAAUAAACACACAGGAGUAUCUGGACGUGCUGGGUAGACCAAUGGUUCUGGCAGACAAGCAGGCCAAACAGGUCCAGUGGACUAAUGUAUACCUUGAUGCUCUGGAGCUGGGACUGGUCAUCACUGGAACUCUACCUGUCUUCAAUAAAACAAAGACCAAAGAUGACAGGAAUGUCGAGCACCAGAAUCAGUUGAUCCUCGGUGUGAUGGGGAUUGACGUGUCUCUGGGUGACAUCAAGAACCUCACACCACGCUUCACAAUUGGUCCAAAUGGAUACUACUUUGCCAUUGAUCCUAAUGGAUAUGUUCUGCUGCACCCCAAUCUCCAGCCAAAGAAUCCUAAAUUCCAGGAACCUGUUACUCUGGACUUCCUAGAUGCUGAGCUGGAGAAUGACAUCAAAGUGGAGAUCAGAAAAAUGAUGAUCGAUGGUGAGACAGGUGAAAGUACCAUUAACACUCUGGUAAAAACUCAAGAUGAGAGGUACAUAGAUCGAGGAGUCCGGACAUACACGUUUGCACCGGUCAAUGGAACAGAUUACAGCCUGGCUCUUGCUCUGCCUAAAUACAGUGAACACUUCAUUCAAGCAAAUCUGGGGGAUGAUACAAACAAAGCUAUGUGUAAGUAUAGCAUACACUCUCAUGAUUCAAAAGUGUUCAAACAAGAGAGUUUUGAUGAGUAUGGAUACACCUACCUUGCUCCGAGGGGAUACUGCAAAGAGCUGAAGUUGUCACUCAACAACACCCAGUUUGUCCUCGACUUCAGCCAGUACAUUGAUAGGAACCCCCCAGAUGCAUGUAAUAUGUCCCUGGUGAAUCGAGUAAUUCUGGAUGCAGGUCUGACAGCUGGACUGGUUAAACUUUGGAACGAGCAGACAGUGGAUGGGAUAGUGGCCAGGUUUGUAGCCACAGAUGGAGGAAUCACAAGAGUCUUCCCAAGAAGUGCUGGAGAAGAUUGGGCUGAGAAUCCGGAGACAUACGAGUCCAGCUUCUACAAAAGGACCCUGGACAAUGAAGUUUAUAUUUUCACAGCUCCAUAUUUCCCAGAGGUGAGGGAGUCUGUUACUGAGUCAGGUAUUCUAGUGAGCAAAUCGGUGGACGUCACGAUUGGUGAAGUCACGCUCAAGCCAGCAGUGGUCGGUGUGAAACUCAAUGUCUCAUUCUGGAUGAACAGUUUCAUAAAUGCUACACUGAAACUGAACUGCAAGGAUGAGAUCUGUGGCUGUCUAAGGAAUGACAAGCAUGUGGACUGUGUAAUCCUGGAUGAUGGAGGAUUUCUUCUGAUAUCAAACCAAGAAGAGUAUAUCACCCUUAUAGGUCAGUUCUUUGGAGAGGUUGAUCCUGUGCUGAUGAUAAACCUGGUCAACACCUCUCUGUACUCCUUCAACAAGACCUAUGACUACCAGUCUGUCUGCGACCCGGAGAAAAGCAGCAAGAUUGCAGCAGGACCCCGCUCCGUCUAUGUGCCUACCAUUGCAGACAUGCUCAGUAUUGGCUGGUGGGCCUCCAGUGCUGCCUGGUCGAUACUUCAGCAGCUCUUCUUUGGUCUCAUGUUCCCUAACCUUCUAGAAGCAGCGGAGUCACCGGAUGACGACAUACCAGAUGCCAUGUUUAAGGAAAGCUGCAUCACAGAGCAGACUCAGUACUUCUUUGACAAUGAGGAAAGAUCCUACUCAGGUGUACUGGACUGUGGAAACUGCUCCAGGAUGUAUCGUGCUGAGAAGCUGCCAAACACCAACCUAGUGUUCCUGAUCACUGAUGCCAAGGCAACAUGUUUGUCCUGUGACCCCAGGCCGCUGCGACAGGCUGAACAACCCUCCGAAGGUCCUGAUCCAUGCGAGCUGGCUCAGAAUCCCAGAUACCGCAAAGGGCCUGACGUAUGUUUCGACAACAAUGAAAAUGAAGAUGAUUCUGAUUGUGGAGGAGGGACCAGCCUGAGCCCAUGUCUUUGGCAAAUGCUUGGACUCCAACUACUGAUGAUGUGGCUCAUCACAGCUUUACAAAACUCAUGACCCCUACACACACACACACAUCAUUAUCUCAUCCCACACAAGGCCAGGAGACACUCCAGUUAUGCCAUGCAGGAUGUAUGCAGAAAAGUUGCAACAAGACAUUAUGCUUUAUGAUGACCGUCUCAUUUUUUCAAUGCCAAAGGGUGCUCAAUUGUUUCCUCCUUGUCAUUUCCAAAAAUAGAGACACAUAUACUGUGCUCAGCUGCAUUCAUUUCCAUUAUAUACUCCAUAAUCCUCUCUUAUGGUGCAAGAGUAAGAGCUAACCAAACCCUUUAAUUCUGCCUCUUUAGUUUCUUUGAUUUAUUUUGCGGAGGUUGAAGAGUCCCACUAUGCCAACUAAAUAUCCUUCAAAGACUGUAUGUUCACUGACAGCGUUGAUUUGUGUCGUUGUCAAUAUUGUUUGUUGCUUAUUUAUUGCGUAUGAAUCAUAAUGCUGUAAUGAUGAUUAUUUUAGGCCACCAGUGCAACUAUAUUCCCUUUUUGUUUAAGUGUUUUGAAAUGUACUGUACUGAUAUAUUUAUGAAGUUGGGAUUUUUUAUACUCAAAAUCAAAUAGCGUUACAUGACUAACUAGGUGUUGUAUUGUAGCAGCAUGUGCUCAGUACAGAGCUAAAGACAACACCAGUCCUCUGACACCAAAGCUCCACACAGUACCAAGGAUCACAGAUACACUAUACCGACUACAGAGAAUCUUAUUAUUAGUAUUCAAGUUAUGACGUUAGAUAGAUAUCUAUACCUCACUGAGAUGAAGUGAGAUCAUGUGAAUCCAAAUAUAUUACAAUUGAAAAUGUGUUUGUCCUUGGUCUGACAGCUUUGGUUGUCUUCAAUUUGAACACAUCAAAUUCCCAGUGCCUACAUAGUAGCUCAAUCAGUGUGUUACUGAAUGAAACAAUGAAUCAGAGUUGUAUUAUCACCAUGUAGGCUUUUAUGCUAAUGCUGCUGCAGUUGAGUAGAAAAUGGUAGCCCUUGGAGUAAAAUGUUGUGGAAUGGGCCACAUCAGCUGCAGUUGUUAUAAUUGAUGUGGCCCGGGCAGCAGCAGAAACAAGCAGGGAUUUUGAUUAAUGAAAGGGAUUUAAUUUUCCUUCUUGUUCAAAACAAACCUAAACCAGACUCGAGCCUCACUUUCCAAAACCUCUCUUUAUUAGGCCUGUUCUGUUCCCUUUCUGGAUCACAUGACUCAGGAGCCACAAUGACUUGUGAAUGAGAUCAGCAUAUCGAAAUGACUGUUUCCUUGUUUCCUUCUCCUUGCUGUUUUCCUCCCUAUGCUUGUUUCCUCUUUGUUUUGCUCUAUAAGUGCUGUGAAGCAGACGCUGAAGGCUCGGUGUUGAAAUGCUGCAAUGUCAUGGGAUGAGCUUGUUCUGUGUUUGAACGCUGUCUUUGCCUAUGAUCAGUAUCAGGGCCUGUUGGAGAGAACUUAGAGAAUACACUACUCCCAGUGGUCAUUUUUACAUUGCCUCACAUUACCAUACAGCAUUAAGAUCAAACUCAAGUUUUCCUUUUUCAUUGUAGCUAUUUAAAAAAUGAAAGUAGAGUUCUCUCCACCUAGCCUUCAUGCUGACCCUGUUGAGUGUUCAGGUUAUGCCGGUCUAUCAAAGUUACGUGUUGACAUGUGUUUUACCCCGGGGAUCCCGUGUCUAUGUGCAGGCAUGUGCGUGUCCCUCCAAUAUCUGAUUGUGCUUUAAUACUGUACAUGAAUUACUCUUUUUGUGGAACUUGACUAGCCUGAAUAACUUUUGUAUACAUUUGUACACUUAUACUAUUUACUGUAAAAAAGAGAAAAUGAAAGUAAAGAAAAAUGU